AUGACUGUUGCACCAGACACCAAGUGUCUUGUCACAUGUAGCUCCGACAUCAAGCUCGCCUUGGACCAAUCACCCAACCUACCUAUUCACGUUUCCGCCGCCAUACCAACGACCAUAACGACCACAUCUCGAACCGUUGUUGAGGCGGGUGGAUGGCGAGCAUUGCCUGAGGAGCUGAGACUGCGUGUCCUUCACUUCAACCUGCUCAACGAGAAGAGGUUUGUGGACUGUCUCCCACCGAGUCGGGCCGGGCAAAAAAAGCACGAGAAUCAGCUCACACUGUUCAAGUUCUUCUCCGUGGGUCCGGAGAUCGCAUCGUCGGCGCCCGAGGCGUAUUACAAGGCCAACAAGUUCUUCAUCUUCGAUGCGAGGCGGAAUUUCAGCCCUCUUCUCGUGCUGCCUUCGAUUCGCCCUUGGAUCGCGCGGGUCGCGCUGGUCGUGUCGCUCAGUCACACUGGGUAG